AUGCAGUUGCUCAGACAGACUUUCGUUGUGUUUCUAUUGCUCGUCAAUCGAUGCAGCAUUGGAGAUCGCACGUUUAUGGCCUAUUUAGAGAAUGAAAUGAACAAAAACCGCAUUGAGCUAGCGAUGAUGCCGAAUGUACGCGAAUCGCUGGAUGAUUGUCACAUGAGAUACUAUAAAUACAGUAUACCAACGCAAGAGUAUUCCACUUUUGAGCGUCCCCGUUUAAAGUUCCGCGAGUUUCCCCAUCUGGCGUUGAUUGGAUGGACCGGAUCGGAUGGAACAGUGCAAUGGAACUGCAUCGGAACGCUAGUGUGGGAGAAUUUUAUCUUAACUUCGGCUCGCUGUACUAGAAAUGAUAAUCUCGUGGCCCCCGAUGUGACGCGUAUGGGAAAUCCCGAUCAGCAAGCUGCCGGCGCAGUGCAACAGAUAAACAUCGCAGAAGUUAUACGUCACGCGGAGUAUAGGGAGGGUGUACGGCGUCAUGACAUCGCGCUGUUGCGCUUGGAGACAAAGGUGGAGCUAGAUGCUACGGUUGUUCCGGCCUGUCUUUGGAACAGAGACGAGAUGAACUUUCGUGUCAUGGAGGCGGUUAGAGGGGGUGUGUCUGGGUAUCCAAGUGUUUCGAAAGUUACCGUUCCUGCUGUUCCAAGCGAUUGUGAACGAGCGGUAGAAAUGAGAUCGACGGGCAACAACGACACUGUGCAGAGUUUCGAUCUAUGCGUUGACAGUAUUGGGUCGGAUUCAUGUUUGAGUAUGUCCGGUGGAUUUCUUCAAGUGUCGCUGCACCACAAUUCAAAGAUGUCUCCAUUCAUCAUUGCGGUCGGUUCUCCUGUCAGUGGUUCCUGUGCACAAUCGAAACCUUCUCUUUACACGAAAGUGUCCCCAUACGUCCACUGGAUACGUUCCACCAUUGAGGCAAGCGGAGAACCUGCAUGGGAGUGGAAGUUUAGAGAAGUUGAGUGUGCUCUUCGCAACGUGAACUUAAGACACUACGAACAGGAUGUUUUGAUCGGUGAAACGGUUUCCAACGUGUUGGUAACACCGGCCAGCAGACGUUUAGAGCCGAAAUACACACGUGCAAUGGUUGAAAUACACUUUGGAUACUUCACGAGCCAACAGGAAUGUUAUGGGCUGAUAAUAGACGAGGACACCGUGCUGACGUUGGCUCAGUGCACCACUAAAUAUGGGAAACGAGCCAUGUACGUUAUGUACCUGGGCAACGAGCGUAACAGUGUUGUGAAACAUUACAACCAUCCGGGGUAUCGUGAGGGAGAGUUGUAUAAUGACAUUGGAUUAUUAAAGACAAAAAUACAUUUCACAUUCUUUGGUUCCUUUGCGCCGCACUGUAUUUGGCAUGGCGACGAACUUCCUGAAGAUGAGGUGGAGCUGACCGGCAAUGGCAGGCGCGAUAUUAACUACUUUAGCCUUCACGAUCAGUCUGUGGACGUGUUUGAACCUCAAUCUACUCAGUUGGUAUCAAGGGCUAAUGUACUUACGCUUGACAACUGCUCGUAUCCGAAGGAGUUCUCGAUGAGCUUACAACGAGGAUUAACUGAGGAACACAUAUGCUUUGGUAACGAACCGUACCUUGUACCAGAAACAUGUGAUCAAGCACGUGGUGGUCCGAUCGGAGGAAAAGUGGAUAAAUUCAACAAACAGUUUCAAUAUGCUCACGCACUGAAUUUGUUUGGACGUGACUGCGGGUUUGGUUGGCCUGCAGUAGGGGUACGGCUCUCUUCCCAUGCUCACUGGCUAAAGUCGAUCUUGCUACCAGACUACAGGAAAGACAGUGGAUCAGUACACUUCUUCAAUUCGGAUUUAGAAGAAAAUGACACCUGCCGACAUGUGGAUGGUACGGAUGGGAUGUGCGUGGAUGUGGCAAAAUGCCCCAAGAUACGGUACGAAUUCUCCGUCAACCGAAGGGUGGUGUUUUGUACCGCUUCCAAUGUGGUUUGCUGUCCGUAUGAAAAUAUGUUGAAUGAAACAUCACCGGCUGGUCGGGAGCUGGAUGAGUGUAAAGAUCGCUACAAGGAGGAUCGUGCACGAGCAAACGUACAGUUGCUGGAAACGGGACCUAUUGCUGAUGAAUAUCCACAUCUUGUCUCGAUCGGUUGGAAGAUGAACGGCGAUGGGAAAAUGCGUUGGGAUUGCAGAGGAACCAUCAUCACAUCAAAGGCCGUUCUGACGAGCGGGAAAUGUUUACAACGGCAAACAAACUCACCGUCUUUAGUUAGACUGGGAAUGAAUGAUACAGCUCCGAUAGUAGAUGUACAAGAAACAAUCGUACAUCCAGCGUAUGACCCAGUCACCGGCAAGAACGAUAUAGCAGUGAUUAAAUUGAAGGAUUCAAUCGCUCAAAGAUCUGCCUCGAAAUUCCCAGCCUGUAUCUGGACCAAUCAAACUCACACGCCUUUCCAAAUGAUUCAGCUACUGAUCAACGAGACGGAAGACUCUUACGUUUUCCCUACAGCCAAGUACAAUACGGAUUGCGGUGAAUUAGUGGAAGGCAUAGCUUCCAGCCAGCUUUGUGUUGAUGUGCAGCCUCCCAAAACGAUCGUUUCGGAAGGAGAUCCUAUGUUCUGGUCUGAAACACUGGAGGACGGUACGAGCGUCCAGUAUUUGGUAGGGAUUAUGAGUCAUGCUGCAGCUAAUGACAAGUCGGUGAAUGUGCAUAGUCGUAUGUCAUCAUACGUUCAAUGGAUAAAGAGUGUCUUGUAG